AUGUCGAGCAUUAUCCACAAAGUCAAGGAUGCCGUGACCGGUCAUCAUCAUGAGGAGUCAACCUCGAACUAUGACUCCUCCAAGGCAUCCAACAAGAUUGAUGAUGCCCGUGAUACUUACGGAUCCUCAAACAACACUGCGGACAACAGCAAAUACACUUCUACCAACUCAGGGUCCAACACUUAUGGCUCUGGCUCUGGUGCCGGCUAUGAGAACACAUCCACUGCCGGCUCUGGAGGCUACGGCACCGGUGCUGGCAGUGGCCAGAGCGCCGGCACUGGCGGCCUAAACUCUGGCUCCGGCUAUGAGAACACAUCCACUACCGGUGCUGGAGGCUACGGCAGCAACACCACUGGCCGCUCUACCGAAGAAACCGGCUACGGCUCCAGCACAGGUCACUCUUCUGGGCAGACCGGCUAUGGCUCCAGCAAUGCUGGAUCUGGAGGUGAUAAAUUCGGCAGCACCACUGGCCGCUCUACUGGAGAGACUGGCUACGGCUCCAGCAACCCUCUAUCCGGUAGCGACAACUAUGGUAGCUCCACCGGCCACUCUUCUGGACAGACCGGCUAUGGUUCCAGCAACACUGGCCACUCCACCGGCCAGUCCGGCUAUGGCUCCAGCAACCCUCUGUCUGGUAGCGACAACUACGGUAGCUCCACCGGCCACUCUUCUGGACAGACCGGCUAUGCUUCCAGCAACACUGGCCACUCCACCGGCCAGUCCGGCUAUGGCUCCAACAAUGCUGUAUCUGGAGGCGACAACUACGGCAGCACCACUGGCCGCUCCACUGGACAGUCUGGCUUUGGCGCCAAUGACAACUACGGAGGUGGAGGCAGCAGCUACAACGCACCAACCUCCAAGACUGGAAACACCUCUGGUCCCCACGGAUCUGACCUGCUGAACAAGCUUGACCCCAGUGUCAACGCGAAGGAUGCUCUCGGCAGCCAGCGCAACUACUAG